AUGUUCUCCUCGUCCAAACCCUCCCUGCUCUCUCCCUGGACCUCCAUGGAUCAAGCCGACUCGGAUGCUCUGGAUAUCAGCACCAAAGUGCAACUGCAUGGGGUCCUGUGGAAGAGACCUUUCGGGAGGCCCUCGGCCAAGUGGUCCCGCAGAUUCUUCAUCAUCAAAGAUAGCUUUCUUUUGUACUAUGCUGAGAACGAGAAAAAAAGCUUUGAGACCAAUAGAUACUUCAACAUUCACCCUAAGGGGGUGAUACCGUUAGGUGGUUGCAUCGUCGAGCCAAGAGAAGAUCAAGGCAUGCCGUUUGCCAUGGUUAUCAACCAUGAAGACUUCACAGGAAACAUAGUCCUGGCUGCUGAAUCAGAGCCAGAGCAGAUCCAAUGGGUGGAGAUGCUACAAGAGUCGGGAAAAGUCACUUGGAAGAAUGCUCAGUUGGGUGAGGCUAUGAUUGAGAGUCUCGAAGCUCAGGGACUACAGCUAGCUAAAGAAAAGCAGGAAUAUUUGGAUAAGCUCAUGGAGGAGACUGAAGAACUGUGCUUGCAAAGAGAACAGAAGGCGGAACUGGAGAGACUGAAUCAACUGCUGGAGGAAGAAAAGCAGAAGUUUGAAGAAGUGGUUCAAGAGCUGAGAACAGAACAAGAUCAAAUUAAACUAGAUCUGGACGGUACUGCUCAGUGUCUGAAAGGAGUGGAAAAUGAGAAAGAGGAGCUUCAUAAUCUUACCACAAUUCUGCAGAAGUCUUUAGAGGAGUUAUCCCAAGAGAAAACGCGCACUCUCGAGCUGCUGCGAGAAAGAGGACAGGAUGCGGCCGAAACAGGAAGCGAUCGACGGGCCUCUUUAGAGUCUCAGAAUCCAGAGGUACAGCUUCAGGGCAACCUGAGGCAGAUCGAGGAGCGGAUGAAGAGCCUGCUUAAAGAGAAAGAGCAGGCGGAAGGAAGGCUGAAAGAAAACGAAACGCGAGCCAAAGUUCUGCAGGAGGAGAGGGAGUUUUAUUCUUCUCAAGCUCAAGCUCUCCAGCAGUCUCUCACGCAGCUCACGGCAGACAAAAAGCACACCGAAGAAGAGCUGAAGGCGGAGAUGGAGUCUCGUGUGGAACUGGAGCGUAGGCUGAAAUCGGCUGAGGAGGCUCUGCAAGAUCUAGAGCAGGGUCUAAAUGCAAUAGAACGCACCCACGAGAGGGAAGAACGAAUGAAAGGAGACGUCAGCCAUCUCCGCAAGUUCUUCGAGGAGUGCAUCUGCGCUGCAGAGAUUGAGGCCAAGUUACCGUCCAUCAUGAAGAACGCAGUGUAUCUGCAUAAAGCUGCUGCUCGACGCAUCAAAAGUUGCCGUGUGCAGAGACGGGCCUCCAGACAGCACUGGUUGAAGCACUCUCAAUCAUUCGCCUCCUCUCGUGGUGCAUCCUCCACCAGUCUUGAAGAGCUGAGAGAAACUGCCCGGCGUCUGACUUCAGACGGCUGUUUGAGACAGCGGGCCUGCAAGAUCAUCACCCGUCAGAAGACCGUUCAGUCUGACGACUAAACAGCGUUCUGACAGAUGGACUGAGAUCCCGGGAGAAAGUGGAAGUUGUUUUGUCAUCCUCCUCUGUGCAGUGCAACUUCUGGUGAAAGUUAGGCCUUCAUUAAUCAGUAAGGGGAGUCUGUCAUACUUUGGGACUGUGUGUCUUUCUUAUUGUGUCCUUGUAAAUGUAAAACGCUGUAGGAUAAUACAACUACAUGAAAUGUCAAAUAUUUGCUUUUAGUGAAAAUAAAAUAACUUAUCUAAGAACGCAGAGCAUUUUUUAAUGAUUUAAAUGUAAAAAUAUAUUAAAAUAUAUUACACUCAUAUUACACUCAGCAGAGCAAAAAGUGCUGCUCGCUUUAAUUAUUUUAUUUUGUUUCAUUUUCUUGUUAGCCCUGAACCAAACCAACUGGCCAUGAGGUGAAUCACAACAUUGCAAACUAUGAUUUGAAGCAAAAAAGCAUUUGAAAAUUGGACAAAAAGUCUACAGCAGAAGACUAUUUAGGCCUGAAUAACAGCUUUAAUGAGGAAAAGAACUACAAUCCCAUGAAGCAUUGCAAAUUACAUAAAUUAAAAAUGGUGGACUUAAAGAACGUAAAUACAUAAACAAUAUAGUUGUUUAUAUAUAUAUAUAUAUAUAUAUAU